UGAGUGGCGUUACGGACUGGCCCCAUUAGUUUGGAUUUUCCAAGCAAUACUGAAAAUUCACGCUUAAAUUCAAACUGUGCCAUGCUAAAACUCAGGGACAUUAUAUAUUUCGUUCUCCUCACCGGAAUACACGUCUGUGCAGUGAUCCAGCCCACGGUUGAGGUCAAUGCUAAACUCAAUUGGAGCAGCUCGAACGUGGACCGUAGCCUGCGGCUGAACGUUGGUUACCAGUACAAGCCCUUGAUGCUGACCCGGUCCAUGAUGUACUCUCUGCUGACGAUGAUUGGGCUGUGGCAUGGGCGCCAUCGAGAUGCAGUGAAGCGGGCGGAGAAGAGGCAGGAUGAGAUCGAGCGGCGGGCACGGCGGGGAAGCAUUCUCAUUAGAUCCUACUCCAGCCAGCUGGAAAGAGCGCGGCAGCUAAUGAACGAGUGGGUGCGCCGGCAAAAGGAGGCGUCCUUAUCGGACCUCCAAGAGGACGAGGCUGCGCUUGACGCGGAGCUGAAUCAGUCGGAGGGCUCCUAUUUUCCUUGGAGGAAGUUCCUCCUCAUUGCCCUGCCCUGGACGCUGACGUUUGUCGUCGCCGGAAUGCUCAACUACGGCCGGCUAUAUCUGGUCAUCCAGAACUUUAGCCUCACCCACUGGCAGACGGUCAUGCUCUAUGCGAAGAUCCAGAUGCUCUUCCUGCACCGCAUGAUUGAGGUGUCCUUGGCUUCCUACUGGCGGCAGUUUCCCGUCACUGUGGACAACUACAUCAGCCUCGAGACGCAUCUGCUGGCAACGGAAUGAGCUCUGUUCCCACACAUAUCCUGCCUCCAAUCAGAACUCGAUUCAUGUAGUGUUGGGCCUAUGCUAGUCCCUCCGUCCACCCCAAAAAAAGACCCCUUUGCCAUAAAUAAAAGGCGUUUCGAAUCAACAACAAGCCAACUUUGGCAAAUAUUUCAAAA